GCCAACGCUUGCGGAGUGGAAGUGGGUUGCUUUGAGGCGGUGGAGUUCUGCUAGAGCAGGUCUCAGCGUCUUAGGAAGGUCCGUCUUUGCUUCAGCUUGUUGUGGCGCCUCCUGGUCCAAACCGGCUCCGAGACUUGAAGGCAUUGGAAAUCCAGCUGACUCCAAAUUUUUUGUAAACCAGAAGAUGAGUAGCCAAUGGGCAUGAGAGAUUGGGAAUAUUCCACUGCUUUAUAAAACUUGGUAUAAUAAUAGACUGUUUCCUUUUCUGGAGAUUUGGAGCCAAAGAACACAAUGAGUACAAGAAAUCCUCAAAGAAAGCGUCGUGGCGGAACAGUAAGUUCUAGACAAACUCAGAAGCGAACUCGGGAAGCAGCUUCAACCCCAGAGAUUUCCUUGGAAGCAGAACCCAUAGAACUUGUAGAAACUGGUGGCGAUGAAAUUGUGGACCUCACCUGUGAAUCUCUAGAGCCUGUGGUUGUUGACCUGACUCACAAUGACUCUGUUGUGUUUGUUGAAGAAAGGAGAAGGCCAAGGAGGAAUGCAAGGCGGCUGCGCCAAGACCAUGCUGACAGCUGUGUGGUGAGCAGCGAUGAUGAGGAAUUAUCUAGGGACAGAGAUGUUUAUGUGACUACCAAUACUUCCCGGAGCACCAGGGAUGAGGGAGCUACAGGACUCAGGCCUUCGGGUACUGUCAGUUGUCCAAUAUGCAUGGAUGGAUACUCUGAGAUUGUGCAGAAUGGGCGUCUCAUUGUUUCUACAGAAUGUGGCCACGUCUUCUGUAGCCAGUGCCUCCGUGAUUCCCUUAAGAAUGCUAACACUUGUCCAACUUGUAGGAAAAAGAUCAACCAUAAGCGGUACCACCCCAUUUAUAUAUGAAGUGUUCAGAGCUGCUCAGGAGAGACCAUGGACAGACAGUUGGGCUGGCCUCACCUCGUGGUAUCUGCCUCUAAUUUCCUGAGCUCAAAAAGACUGUUUCAGAACCAACAUCUGAUGUUUCUAAACCCUUUUGAUUCUUUUGUUAUCACCAGUUUGAUGUUAAGGAGCUGGACCCAGGCAUCCUCUCCAGGCCAGCUCUGCAUCUCUGUUCCUCUGGGUGGUCUUAUCUCCAAGUAAGAGAAAAAGAGUCAGACACCAUGGAGUUGAGCAUCAUAUCAUGGCUCCAGCCUCUUUGUGGAGCCUACAUGUUUGCCAAGAAGUUUCCCUGUUGGGAAAGUUUGCCCCAACUCUUCUGGGUGGAAGACCAACUCUUCUGCCUACCAUACAGUCACCUGUCCAGACACGGUCCACCCAGCUCAAGUGUCCCAGUGCAGGAGCUGCCCCUGGAAAGCCCAGCCAAUGUACAUUAUUUUUCCCUCAAGAGUCAGAGGUGGCCUAUGAUCCUACCUGCACCUUACCAUUGAUGUGCAGUGUUUUCUGCAAAUCAAGAGAACCUCUGCAGGGCAACCCUUAUGUCCUAAAAAUGACAAAGUGCAAUAAACCCCAUUUUUUCAACAAUCUAGGAGAUGUAGCACUGCUAGUGUCCUCAAAACCCAGUGUCACCUGUGGAGCAGUGCCUGUCCCACCCCAUCUCUGUUCACUUUGUUCUCAGGAACCCUACCCAUACUCCAAAGUUCUUUGCCUGGUACAGGACCUUUAAGGCCAAUAGCAAACCAGACACAUGUCCUCUUUCUCCUCAUAAGAUUGUCUUGUGUUUCCCUCCAGCCCUCAGUUCCCACUGCCUAAUGUCUGCCCAAGCAUAGAAACUGGGAGGUGGUGGCAGUAAUAGUGGCCUUAUCAGCUGCUCACUUCCAUGCUUUUGCCCAAGUUACUGUUGCCCUGUUUCAGAGAUGUUGGCCCACCUGACCUGGCACUGCCCUGACUUUCUCACACCCUUCCUUCCAGUAGAUACUUACUUCCAAAGCUGCUCUUCUGGUGAGUUGGGCUUAGAUCAUCUGGGCUUUUGACUGCUUCCCAGGUUUUGGUUGGCAAAGCAUGGUGCCUCUUCUCCCCAUGGGGUCAUAUAACAACCUCUGCUCCACUCUAUAGGUGUGGCUUUGGUGCCCUCCGAGGCAGUGAGGUGAUCCAAAUUGCUCCGGAGGACAUCAGGCAUGGGGUGGGUCAUAGAGGAUAGGCUUUGAGUGUCAGCCUCUCUUCACCUCCACACUACUUCCUCAGAGGGCUCCAAACUAACAGCCUUUUUGUGUGAAACAUCUUCAAGGUGGGAAAGGGGCCAUUUAGGGCUUUGCUAGCAAUAACUGACCUUCAGUUUGUCCUUCUGAAGGAGCAGGGACUCAGCACAGAAUUCACUUUAAAUGGGGCUGAAGGAGUGUCCCUCCUCUAUGUGAAAAGAAAAGUUUUAUUUGUUCUGACUUUUUAAUUGUGUUUGACUUACUUCGACUUAGUUUGAGAGUAAUAAUUUUCUACAUGGACUCAAAUUGGGUAGGAGCAUUAACUCAUCAUUGUGAUGUGUGGCAUCUACUCUUUCCUGGGAUGUUUCGGCCAUUGAGUUCCCUCUGGGCCUCAUGGACACACUCUUACUACUUUCUAAUGAUAGCCAGACUUCAAGGAGCCAGGGCUACCAUGCAGCCAGUUCACCAGUAAUAUGGUGAUGCCCAUUAACAAAAUUUAUGUUUUCUCCAUAGACAGUUUAUGAGGUCAUAAGAUUUGUAUUACUACAUCCUAAGUUAAAUUGGGAAAUGAUGUGUUUAGUCUUACUAAUCAUAAACUUCAAAACAGGAAAAGGUUGGUAUGAACAAAGUCCCUUUCCUUUCCUCAGUGUACAUAGUUUCUCUUUGUUACAUUUAAGCUAUGCCCAUGGACAUCAGUCUGUUUUGGACUCCUAGUGUUAAACAUGGAAAUAAAACCAUUGAUUUGAACCAGA